CAAACCUUGGUCCACCUCCCACGAAUCCAACCGGCGAGCCCAGAUCCACAGCUCCCUCGCGGAUCAUGUCGAUACGUGUAUCCAGCAGACUCAUCGGGCCCUCGACCACCGUGUCCAUGCAUGUCUUUCGUGCUAGAUAGGGAGGUGCCAGGAUCAAAGUGCGGAUGUGGACAUCAGGCAUGGGUUCAUGAGACGAAUCCGUCGGGUAGUGCAGUCUCCGCUGAUGACUAUGCCGACGUGGUUGGGAAAGUCGAGCAGCUCCAUCGGCAGCUGGAGGAAGAGCGACAGAGGAGCUUAGAGGCAGUGGAGAAGAUUCACAAGCAGGUCAUGGGACAGUACAAGAACAUGACCCAGUUGAAGUUCUACGUGGACAAGUCUUUGGAAGAACGGUGGACUAGAUUGGCGAAGGACGUAGAGCUGGCAUGUGAGGACCUCAACAAGAGACAUGUCAGCUUGGAGGAUCGGGUUGAGGCAGUUGUCGACCGAACGAAUGGCAUCAACGACAUUUCGACCAAAGUGAACCUUAUCGAUGAGGCUCAUAUCACCUUCGAGGACCGAUUAGAGCAACUGGAACGCAAACUCGAGACAGGACGCUGGUCAAAGUCAGCCACACCCACAGCCCAACCAGUCCAACCUGAGCGUAUAACCCUGCCAUCCGUAUCAGAGCUCCCGCUUCGCAUAGACCGAAAACAACCACAGCAAUGGAGUGCCCAUAUCAUUCUGGUCCCGAGCAAGCACCAAAGCUUUGCAUUUAAAGAGGGGACUCUUGCCGAGCGCCGGUGUUCAUCGCGGAAUCUCAACCAGCAUCUGAGCUUUGAGGACAGGACAAGCGAGACCUUUGUCCGAUGCGUCACCACGGCUUUCGCUCAAGUCUUCCAAGGCCGGGACUGGAUGCCGUUAUAUUGUGUCAGUUCCCAAGAUCGGGCUCUGAGCCGGCUCCAAGAUCGUUACCUGGAGCCGCAAAUAUGGGAACAUACAUUCCUAAGCGACAACUGCGUAGCAGCGCUGAAAGGCAUUGGCGAAGCGGUGUUCAUCGCUCUGCAACGGCACGAGCUGAGCUGGAAUGAGAUCCGCGCACUUCCACCCGCUGCCCAAAAUUCAGACGAGUCGUGCUGGGAAGAUGACCUAGAACUUGAUGGCCAUCCCCUUGAGAAAAGCCGCUUCUCCACCACAACCACUCUGCUGUCCCCGGACAGCAUGGACGCUGAGUACCAGAAGACUCCGUACCACACCCCACGCGGUCCUGCCGAGCAAGCCAGCACCCACUCCUCUGCCGCCUCCAUCCGCACCUCCGCCUCCGCCGGCUAUGCCGACUCCACCAUGUCGGACGUCUACCAACCGCGCGCCUCGCGCAUCGUGGCGGCCAGCGUCCGCUCGUUCGACAUCUUCCAGCGCGACGACCAACACCAGGACAAGCGGCCGCGGCUCCGCACCCAGCAUUCGCAGCCAAACCUGAACUCG